GCAGCGGCGGCGGCGGCGGCUACCGAAUCGCAGCCACAGUCGGCAACAGUAACCGAGCCAUGGCUCGAGCUGGCGGGCGGCACAGGCAGGCAGCAGCCGCGGCAGGCGCACGGGCCGCGUCAAGGGAGCCGGGGGCGGCAGGAUUCUAAGAAGGAGAGGGGCGAGAGGGGGCCGGGACUGGGCGGGCUAGGGGGUACCGCGCUCUCCCAACAGCACGGAUCCUUUUUGAAAAUUAAUAUUUAAAAAAAAAAAAGGCAGAGGGGAAAGGUGGGAGCAAGAGAGAAGGCAAGACACACACACACAGGGAGAGCGAGAGACACAGAUCCCCACAGUGAGAGGAAGAAAGGCCACAGUCGCAGGCAGCCGAUGUGAAGACUGGACUCCGUGCGCCCCUCGCCGCCUCUGCCCGGCCACAUCGAUGUUGCAGCCCGCUCGCCCGCAUCACGAUGAACGCACAGCUGACCAUGGAGGCGAUCGGCGAGCUGCACGGGGUGAGCCAUGAGCCGGUGCCCGCCCCUGCUGACCUGCUGGGCGGCAGCCCUCACGCGCGCAGCUCCGUGGGGCACCGCGGCAGCCACCUGCCUCCCGCGCACCCGCGUUCCAUGGGCAUGGCGUCCCUGCUGGACGGCGGCAGCGGAGGCAGCGAUUACCACCACCACCACCGCGCCCCUGAGCACAGCUUGGCUGGCCCCCUGCACCCCACCAUGACCAUGGCCUGUGAAACUCCCCCAGGUAUGAGCAUGCCCACCACCUACACUACCUUAACCCCUCUGCAGCCGCUGCCGCCCAUCUCCACCGUGUCCGACAAGUUCCCUCACCAUCAUCACCACCACCAUCACCACCACCACCCACACCACCACCAGCGCCUGGCGGGCAACGUGAGCGGUAGUUUCACACUUAUGCGGGAUGAGCGCGGGCUGGCCUCUAUGAAUAACCUCUAUACCCCCUACCACAAGGACGUGGCUGGCAUGGGCCAGAGCCUCUCGCCCCUCUCUGGCUCCGGUCUGGGCAGCAUUCACAACUCCCAGCAAGGACUUCCCCACUAUGCUCAUCCCGGCGCGGCUAUGCCCACUGACAAGAUGCUCACCCCAAACGGCUUUGAAGCCCAUCACCCUGCCAUGCUCGGUCGCCACGGGGAACAGCACCUCACGCCCACCUCGGCCGGCAUGGUACCCAUCAACGGCCUUCCUCCGCACCAUCCCCAUGCCCACCUGAAUGCCCAGGGCCACGGACAGCUCCUGGGCACAGCCCGGGAGCCCAACCCUUCGGUGACCGGCGCGCAGGUCAGCAAUGGAAGUAAUUCAGGGCAGAUGGAAGAGAUCAAUACCAAAGAGGUGGCGCAGCGUAUCACCACCGAGCUCAAACGUUACAGCAUCCCACAGGCCAUCUUCGCGCAGAGGGUGCUCUGCCGUUCCCAGGGGACCCUUUCGGACCUGCUGCGAAACCCCAAGCCCUGGAGCAAACUCAAGUCGGGUCGGGAGACCUUCCGGAGGAUGUGGAAGUGGCUACAGGAGCCGGAGUUCCAGCGCAUGUCCGCGCUCCGCUUAGCAGAAAGCGCCAUGGGUGGCAGUGUGCCUUCUCUGAAGACCACAUCUGGAGGCCCCCAACUGUCUGUUCCUCCCUUACCUGCCUGCAAAAGGAAAGAGCAAGAACACGGGAAGGACAGAGGCAACACCCCCAAAAAGCCCAGGCUGGUCUUCACAGACGUCCAACGUCGAACUCUACAUGCAAUAUUCAAGGAAAAUAAGCGUCCAUCCAAAGAAUUACAAAUCACAAUUUCCCAGCAGCUGGGGUUGGAGCUGAGCACUGUCAGCAAUUUCUUCAUGAAUGCCAGGAGGAGGAGUCUGGACAAGUGGCAGGACGAGGGCAGCUCCAACUCAGGCAAUUCAUCAUCCUCAUCAAGCACUUGUACCAAAGCAUGAAGGAAGAACCACAGACUAGAACUUCGGUGGAAAAGCUUUAAAUUAAAUUAAAAAAAAAAAAAGUUUUUAAAGACCAGGACCUCAAGAUAGCAGGUUUAUACUUAGAAAUAUUUGAAAAAAAAAAAAACAAGUGGUAUUUAUAGUCCAAAGAAACCAAAGACUGAAGCUCACCUGCAUUCUGACUUUGUUCAGAGACAUGUACUUCAGCGGGGCAAGACUCGGCAGGAAAGAUGAUGGGAAAACGUCGGAUCUCACGCCUUCAACCCCUACACCUCACUGUGCUUGGCUGCUCAGUGGCUCUAAGCACAGUAAUGUUUGAGCCAUCGAGUGGACAUCCUUUAAGAUCAGACAUUCUUAUCUGUUCCACAAAGGUGUAUACUGUCUCAAUAUUACAUAUGGGUGUGGGCACUACACAUAUAUACACACACAACAACAACAGUGGUUAGGGACUCAGGCAGGGCUGGUCUUCAGGAAGGGUUGCACCAUAGGAGUGUGACCAACCAGGUGUGGGAUUUCUAAGUUCAUUGGCUCUGAGAUGUGAUUUCUCUCAUCUAGCCUAGCGUUUGAACCUGCCAGGCCCACAACCUAAAUGCAGAUUCAAACCCAGCAGAGAAAAUUUGAAUGGCGCCUAAACCAGUGCACUCUCUUUGUUUGUUAAGAAAUGUUCAGAUAUUUUUUAAAAAAAAAUGAAACAAGAGUCCAUCCAUUAAAAAAAAAAAAUCACCUAGGUACCAAAGAACACACAGUAUUAUAGUGCAGGUAUUUUAUUGCAAUGAUUUUAAUAACCAAAGCUAUUUUUACACAAGAUACUAUGUAAAGUUAUACUUAUGAACUGAUCUAGCUGUAAUCCACAUGCCACGUAGAUUCAGGACUAUUAUUUAAUGACUCUUGAAGCAUUUGAAAUAUGAGUUUUCAGAACUGGCAAGUAAGAAUGUGGCUUCAGGGAAGCAGUUACCACCAUGACAGAGAGUUUGAUGCGAUGCACAUGGAACCCAUAUAUGUCACUUACACACAGAAAAGACAUAAUGCAUAAUCUACUCAUAGCCAAGAAGAUGCGGGGACCCUUUCAGAGUAGGUUCUCUAUAUAAACACUAGAAAACUAAGCUUAACACGGAAGAUAACUAAAUUAGGAAAAUUGUCCAAAGUAAAAAAAAAGAAAAAAAAAUAGACUAAUUUUGCUUAAAUUUACUCUAUGCACUUUGGCACCAAAUAUCAUUUUUAAAAAAAAGAUCCUUCCGAGCAGACCAAUAUUAAUCACAGUUCCUUAUCCCAUAUUUCCUAACCACCCUAAAAAGCAAUUGAACUGACAUAUUGGCGAUUUCAGGUGUUUUACAAUGUAGAUGUUGGGAAAUCAGCAGGUGCCCCUGAGAAACAGCAGAAUGGUAGACCCCAUAGAAGAAGCCAGAGUUCCGGUCCCGCAUAAGACGCCUGGUUCUUUCAGAAUUAAAGGACUCGUUUCACUAAGCAUAGCCUUCAAAGCAAGUCCCAUUCCUUCUUGCCAUCAAUGGACCUAGUGAUUUUAUCACAUGGUUUCUACUCUCUGAUGGGGACAGGUUAAAAGUGAGCUCCAAGCUUCUGAAUCACCGUUCUAACUUCUUUUGACUUCUUCCAAAUCACUUAACCAGGGAUGAACAGACCAAGGCAGGAAAAGAAAACAAAGUUCUAGAAAUCAUUUGACUUCCAGAAACACUCUGUCUGAACUCGGUUGAGCUACAACCGAUGUGAACAGACACCUGCUAAACAGGGAAGUCGAGAAUGGGGGACCCUCAGUUAAUAUUGUACCUCAAUAGAAAGAUAACACUAAAAGCGAUAUUGAUAGUAAGUUCUUCGCUGAGAUUCACUAAAAUGCCAAAUGAAAAGGAUUAAAAAUCUAUAACACAAAAUUUCACUCCUUGGGGGUCAAAUCUCAGAACCCAGAGGCAGGAACCUAAGUCGACCAGUGGAUCCAUCCAUCCCCUUCUUCACUGUCCAUUGAGCGAAGGAAACUCCUUGACAUGUUUUGUCUUAAUAUUUUUAAAAGUUCACCCAAGAUUCCAACUUAAAAAGCUUUCCUUCUGAAUAUGGCACAAUUCUAGUUCUAUCAUGACGAGCCAGUAAAUUGCUGCCCUUCGAGUUUUGCUCUAGUGUUCAGUAGCAAAAAGAAAAAAAAAAAAAAAACAGAAAUAUAUUUUCUCUCUUCAUAGUGGAGGGAGCUGGCAAACACAGGUGCAUUUAUAAUAUAAGAAAGAGGAUAGCCUUAUUUACUUAAAACAAGGGAGUUACAAAUUCAGGGGAAACCCAGCUGUGUCUACACACAAUCUUACCAACUUUAAAUACUCCAAGAAAAGCCAGGAGGGAAAAAAAAAUGGAUUCAGUCAACCUCGUGUCUUGACUUUGUUUUUACCGUGUUCCUCCCAUGAUUAACCCAGCUGCAUUGUGCAUUUUUUUUCAAGCCAAUCAUAUUGGUACUGUGGAAGCACAGUCUUCAAGAAAAAUAUGACUACAUUUUUAAAAAUCCCACUAUGAGGGGUUUCUGAGAAAUAACAGUUACCCUACUUGCUGACACCAAAGAUAACUCCAUGCCAGCGUUAAAUUUGCACCCAUUAUACAAUGUCAGGGCCCAGAGAUGUAUUUUCUCAUAAACAGAGGCACAAGGCCGAGCCUGAAAAGCAAUUUUUACUCCAAACUUUUGCGUCUUAGAAAUAGUAGCAGAUAGACCCCACUUUCCAUAAGCAAUACCUUCUCACACCCUAGAGCAGCGACCCUUUCUUUGCUUGGGAACCGGCAUUCAGAGAACAUGCUUCCAUCCUUGUUUAUGUAGUCCUAACUGAUGGCUCCCACCAUGACCUGCAGAGCAGAUCACAUGUCAGUUGUCAUUUCUCAGUCCUUUCAAAUCAUUCACUCCAAGAGUUUAUUUCUCAUCGCUAUGCGCAUCACAAAGUCAGGCUUCAAAUACUUUUCUUUUUUUCUCUCUUUUUAUUUUUUUAUUAUUACUAUUAUUUUUUUUUUCGUAAAGUGGUUUUGGACAUAAGUCAUUCAGGUCCUCAAAUAACUGGAAGCUUUAGCCAAAAGCCAUCCAGAAUGAUGUUUGGAUUCUAGAGAUUAUAAAACUCAGAUUUCAGUAAUUGUCCAGAUAGAGGAAUUCUGGGUGCUGGGGACUAAGUACUCCUGUCCCUGGGCAUCAUGGGCAUUGAUUUCAAAGACCAAAGAAAAUGUAUGGGGAGAUCCACAAGUUCUGACAGAACUUGACACUCACCAUGCCCCUCAGUCCCUCAGAAAGACAUAAUUAUUUUUCCAACAUAAAAGUGCUCGCUAUAUUUGGACCCACCCCACUCCCGUUGCUACCCCAGGUGAAGAACCCAUCUUUGCAGGUUAAAUGCAACUUUGCUAAACCAAAGAGUCUAAGGACAUUUUCCCUAUGGUCCGUCCUCCCUCCUUUGUACAUACAGGAUGAAACUAUGCAUUCAGCAAACAAAGAGAAAGCACUUCUUUUUCUAUCUAGUUGUUUAGGGUGCAUUCAAAUACCAGAGGCUGUUUGGGGAUGCACUUGGCCUUCUGGGUUAUAACUGUGGUGUGGGUUUGUUUUACAGUGCAUUUGGUAACUAUUUCCCAAAUAGUGUGGACAAAGAAGCAGAAGGUAAGAAAUAGCUACUUCCAUGUGUUUAAAAAAAAAAAAAAAAUGAAAAGAAAAGAAAAAGAAAAAAAAAGAAAAAAGAAAAAAAGAAAAAAAGUGUAAAGAUCUACUAUUUAUAGUGUGAACCAAAGACGCUACCUCACUCAAUUUCCAUUGGUGAUUUUAAUCACAUUGAUAUACCAAAGAAUACCAAAGAUAUUUUCAUGCACGGCCAUGGUCUGCAGAGGGAACUCCACCCACCCUUUCCCUUCCCCACCUUCUCCCUCAUCACUCAGUGUGUAAAGUUGUCUUCAUUCUUAAUAACAAUACGAUACAGAUAACAACACCGUUAGGAACGCCUCUUCUUAUUACUGCUACUUCUUGUAAAUCUCUAGGCAAACACGUUGCAAAGUUUGUAAACUCCUAGGACGAGUGCCUUGCUUGAACCAAAGUGUUAAACCGCUGUUAACCUCUCUCACCUUAUACUCUUUGAAUACCUCAGCCUCUUAGAAAGGCCACUAAUGAAAAAAAAAAAAAAAAGGAAUAAUUAUUCACCGUGGUGCUUUUUCUGUGCAACCAUGCAAUGAAACUUUCUUUGAUACCAAAGGAUGACUUCCCCCACCCCCAAUUCUUGCUGAUAAACCAAAGCUCCUCCUCUAAUUCUGUCCUGAGACCCUCCCUGUCCCUUCAUGGAGUCCCUUCCCCAGGCAGGCCGUGUAUCACUUUUACCAAUUCCUCCAAAUACCUCAUAGUAAUAAAGUUUUAGGGUUAUGUUGUAUAGAGAGUCUAUGUGAUAAGGCAGAACUUACUAGUUUGUUAAUUGUUAAGGUUACUUUAAAGAAAACAAAAACCUUUAUAAUUCCUAUUUAUUUUGUAGCUGUGUGUUCGGGUGUUCCCUUCCUUCCCCCUUUGGUUUGGGGUUUGUUUUCUUGGCUGAACUCCUCAGUUGCUCAAGGAAGAGUUAAUUUUUGAGAAUGUUAAGGGUUAUGUAAAAAUGCAAGAAUGGAAUAAGAAAUGAUUUUCAUUUUGAUGGUUACUUAUGUAAGUUUUGUGUUUUGUAGAAAAUUUGUUUCUACAGGGUAAAAAAAAAUUAUAUAUAUAUAUAUAUAAUCUUUUGUGAAACUGGUUCCUAUUUUUCUCUAUAAUGUGCUGUGAUUUGUUUUAAUUUAAUUACAUUUUAUAUGAACUUAUUUAAUCACCUUGUUAAUUUAUGACUGUGUAGUUUCUACAGUGUAUAUAGUACAAUUGAAAUGGC